AUGGGGAUCAAAGAGGAAAUCAAUGUGAGCUCUUCAGGACAGCCGGAGCAGCCGGCGGGCAAAGCCACCCGCUUCAGGCUGGAGGAGCUCCGGCUGAGCAGCAGCACCUUCGCGCUGACCGGAGACUCGGCUCACAACCAAGCCAUGGUGCACUGGUCCGGCCACAACAGCAGCGUGAUUCUAAUUCUGACAAAGUUGUAUGACUACAACCUCGGGAGCAUCACGGAGAGCUCGCUUUGGAGGUCAACCGAUUAUGGAACGACGUAUGAGAAACUGAAUGAUAAGGUUGGCCUGAAGACAAUUUUGAGCUAUCUGUACGUCUGCCCAACCAACAAGCGCAAAAUUAUGUUGCUGACUGAUCCAGAAAUUGAGAGCAGUUUACUCAUCAGCUCCGAUGAAGGGGCCACCUAUCAAAAAUACCGGCUGAACUUCUACAUCCAAAGCCUGCUAUUCCACCCCAAGCAGGAGGACUGGAUUCUGGCCUACAGUCAAGAUCAGAAGUUAUACAGUUCGGUUGAGUUUGGCAGAAGAUGGCAGCUUCUCCAGGAGAAUGUCGCACCCAACAGGUUCUACUGGUCUGUGAUGGGUUCCAGUAAAGAGCCAGAUCUUGUGCACCUGGAAGCAAAGACAGUGGAUGGCCAUGCACAGUACAUCACCUGCAGGAUGCAGAACUGCACGGAAGCCAUCCGGAGCAAACCAUUUCCAGGCUAUAUUGACCCAGAUUCCCUGAUCGUGCAAGACGAUUAUGUGUUUGUUCAGUUAACAUCAGGAGGACGACCACACUAUUACGUGUCCUAUAGGAGGAACGCAUUUGCACAGAUGAAGCUGCCAAAGUAUUCUUUGCCCAAGGAUAUGCACGUUAUCAGCACGGAUGAGAAUCAGGUGUUUGCAGCCGUGCAGGAGUGGAACCAGAACGAAACGUACAACCUUUAUAUAUCCGACACCCGAGGGGUCUACUUCACGCUGGCCUUGGAGAAUGUCAAGAGUAGCCGAGGGCUGGAGGGUAAUGUGAUGAUCGACCUCUAUGAGGUAGCAGGGAUAAAAGGAAUGUUCUUGGCUAACAAGAAGAUUGACAACCAAGUGAAAACUUUCAUCACCUACAACAAAGGCCGGGAUUGGCGCUUGCUACAAGCUCCAGACACUGAUCUGAGAGGAAACCCUGUUCAUUGCCUCCUACCCUAUUGCUCGCUGCACCUUCACCUCAAGGUCUCCGAGAACCCCUACACUUCUGGAAACAUCGCCAGCCGAGAUACUGCCCCUGGCAUUAUUGUGGCUUCUGGUAACAUCGGUAGCGAAUUGUCAGACAGUGACAUCAGCAUGUUUGUUUCAUCGGAUGCUGGGAACACAUGGAGGCAGAUCUUUGAAGAAGAGCACAGUGUUCUAUUCCUGGAUCAGGGUGGAGUCCUGGUGGCCAUGAAACACACGUCUUUGCCUAUCCGACAUCUAUGGUUAAGUUUCGAUGAAGGGCGAUCCUGGAGCAAAUACAGCUUCACGUCCAUCCCGCUCUUCGUUGACGGCGUCUUGGGUGAGCCUGGCGAGGAGACUCUGAUCAUGACAGUUUUUGGACACUUCAGUCAUCGCUCGGAAUGGCAGCUGGUGAAGGUGGACUACAGGUCCAUUUUUGACAGGAGAUGUGCAGAAGAGGACUACCGGCCAUGGCAGCUCCAUAGCCAGGGAGAAGCGUGCAUUAUGGGAGCCAAAAGGAUCUACAGGAAACGCAAAUCGGAGAAGAAGUGCAUGCAGGGAAAAUAUGCUAGGGCCAUGGCCUCGGAGCCAUGUGUCUGCACGGAGGCAGACUUUGAUUGCGAUUAUGGAUACGAGCGUCACAGCAAUGGCCGGUGUCUGCCAGCAUUUUGGUAUAACCCGUCGUCCUUGUCGAAAGACUGUAGCUUUGGACAGAGUUAUCUCAACAGCACUGGGUACCGAAAAGUUGUGUCUAACAACUGCACAGAUGGUGUAAGAGAACAGUAUACAGCUAAACCCCAGCGGUGUCCUGGAAAGGCCCCCCGCGGACUGCGAAUCAUCACCUCGGAUGGGAAACUGACCGCAGAACAAGGGCACAACGUUACUCUCAUGGUGCAGCUGGAGGAGGGCGAUGUCCAAAGGAUGAUCAUUCAGGUGGAUUUUGGAGAUGGCACUGCCGUGUCAUAUGCUAACCUCAGCUCGACAGAGGACGGGAUCAAGCACGUCUACCAGAACGUGGGCAUAUUCCGAGUCACCGUGCAAGUGGAAAACAGCCUGGGAUUGGACAGCGCAGUCCUGUACUUACAUGUAACUUGCCCCCUGGAACAUGUUCAUUUGUCUCUCCCAUUUGUGACGACCAAGAACAAAGAAGUCAAUGCUACGGCGGUACUGUGGCCCAACCAGGUGGGCACGCUGACUUACAUUUGGUGGUUCGGGAACAACACUGAGCCGCUGGUAACCCUGGAGGGGAGCAUCGCAUUCACGUUCUCUGGGGAAGGGAUGAACACCAUCACGGUACAGGUCUCGGCAGGGAACACCAUUCUACAGGACACGAAAACUAUUGCAGUAUAUGAGCGAUUUCAGUCUCUCCGCUUAUCGUUCUCUCCAAACCUGGAUGAGUACAACCCGGAUAUUCCCGAGUGGAGACGAGACGUCGGUAGAGUGAUCAAGAAAGCACUAGUUGAGGCAACAAGCAUUUCAAGCAAACAUAUCCUGGUCGCAGUCCUGCCUGGUUUGCCCACAUCCGCCGAGCUCUUCAUUUUACCAUACCAAGAUGCCAUGGGUGAGAACAAACGAACAGCAGAAGACCUGGAUCAGAUUUCAGAAAUAUUGAUCCACAAACUGAACCAAAAUGUUGUCCAGUUUGAGUUGAAACCUGGUGUUCGUGUCCUGGUCCAUGCUGCCCAUUUAACUGCAGCUCCCCUGGUGGACCUCACGCCCAGUCACAGUGGUUCGGCCAUGCUGAUGCUGCUCUCGGUGGUGUUUGUGGGAUUAGCCGUUUUUGUAAUUUACAAGUUCAAAAGGAAGAUUCCGGGCAUUAAUGUUUAUGCACAGAUGCAGAAUGAGAAAGAUCAAGAGAUGGUCAGUCCAGUCAGUCAAAGGGAAAGCAUGCCUAAUGUCCCUCAAAGUGAACUGAUGAGCCCUGAGCAACUAGUAGAUGACAAGUUGGAUACCCGGCCCAUAGGAAGUAUUUCCAUAGCUGCUGAGCCUCGAAGCACAAAAGACAUCCCUACCUAUGUAAAUGUUUGAACCAAGGACACCAGGACUUGUGUACAUAGCUAUAGAUAUAUAUAUAUAUAUAUACAUACAAAGAAAAACUCACUGCAUUCGGACUUUGUAAUUCUUCAGACGACAAAAAGGUUUUUAGCUUUAAUCCUGUGCAUGUGGAGAUUAUACCCAGACCGUGGUUGGACUUGCAGUGUACAGUGUACAGGGGCUCUCUUUUAAUAGGGGGCAAAUGAAAUCACCUUCCCCCUCUUCCACAGUUCACUUCCCUCUCUUUUCUGAUCAAGCUCUUAUUUGUAGGAAAUUCAUGAUGAUCGUGGCCAGCAAUGUGCAUGGGGUCUUUUUGAGGGCGAUGGGGUGGGAGGGAUAACAGUAUUUGGCUGCAGAUUGAACUGUUUUUUUAGCACUACAGCAGAGCUACCCUCGGCAAAUGGUCCUGAGGCACCCCACGAUACACAGGCAUCGACAUGGCAGUGUGUCUGGGCUGGUAUGCUUUUUGUCUUCCUUUGGCCUUUCACUGUUUCCGUCUGACUGUGGGACGGCUUGUGGCACCCAGGAGCACAGCCAGGAAUCAGCACAGGUUCCCCCGAAGCUGCAAAGUCAGGGGAUUGCGAAAGACGGGUCAGCCCAUUCACACCAAGGCACCUGCCCCAAGUGGCAGGAGGCAGAGGCAGACCCCCUCCCCUGCCACAGCCCAAGCCUUAGGGUAUGUCUACACUACCACCCU